UGAUAGGAAAACAAUGACAUCAGCGUCUCUUGUUGUUCCAAGUAUUCCAUGGAUGGACAGUUCAAUGUGUAAAGUGAAUAAAUUGACGAUAGCUGAUCGUUUACUGAUUAUAUCAACAUACACAAAAACAGUCUUAAUGCUUGCUACAAUACAAAUAUUCAUCACACUUUACGCUGUGAUUAUCUCAUCUAUAAUUAUUCACUAUAGACAGUUUGAAAAAGAUUACGUUAUACAGUUAACUGUUGCUGUUAUAUCUGUUCUCAUCGCUUUUUUGAUAGCGCUACUUAUUGCAGUUGUGAAGAAGAUCAGUGAAAAAUAUCCUCUGAACGUUGUAUUUGUGAUCUUUUAUUCUAUUUUCAUGUCCACAGCACUUGGAUUUUUGAAUACAGAGUUAUGUAUUCUUCUUACUCUAACUGCCUUUGGAAUCAGCAUGACAAUCUUCACUUUUGCAUUACUGAUUGGAGCAGCGAUAAAGACACGUUUAGUGGAUCACUCAGAAGUUAUUCUAAUAUCACUUGGUGUUAUAUCGAUUGCAUUGCUGAUAGUUUUGAUCGCACUCAACGUUUUAGGAUUCCAGAUAACAAUAUUAGUCAGUCAUUUGACAGUUGGAAAAUCACGAUAUCUUCUCUGCUAUCCAAAUUAUGCUUUAGCAUCAAUAUUCUUGUACACUGUGUUUUUCGCUAAUCUGUCAGUCAGUACUGGUUUGUUGGACAGUGAUUAUAAUGCGAGUUCAAUAAGCUGUUUCGAAUUAACUUAG